CCGAUGUUUGUAUUUACAAGUACUACUACUAGUACUAGAUCUACUAGUCAUCUAUCAUACUAAUCCAUACCUUGAUGACUUUAUAAAAGUAAAACUAAUGAAGAUAUAAUAAAGAUAACAGCCCAUAGAACAAGGAAAUACUUGAAGGGAACAAUGGACUAAACAACGAAGGACAAAAAACUUGCCUAGUGACUUGAUAGUCUACUUGACUUUCAUAACUACCUUGUGACAUUUUGAAGUUUGUUGAAUAGGAAAUCAAAUCCACCGACAUUGCUUGAAAUCUGAUCAGUCACUUGUCAAUGUGGUGAACCAGUGUGAGACUAGGAGUUAGUUGUCAAUUUCCAGCCAUGUCCUCGGACUCUGUAGUGUCCAGCCUGGUAUUUGCUUUGAAAGCCAUUUCUUUCCUGUUUGAUCUGGUCACCUACCUGCCCUACUAUAUCAUACAGAGACCAGAUAAAGUUGUCGCCAAGUCUCGGAGAUUAAAAGCUGUCCCUGUGUCAGGAAAAGCUUCUGACCCUUGGAGAUCUGUGGAUAUACCAAAGAGUGGUCUGACGACGGCUCUGUACCCAGAAUGCACUACACUUGAUGACCUAUUUAACAGAGCUUGUAAGCUUUACUCCAACCAGCCUUGCCUUGGUACAAGAGAAGUCUGCAGCAUUGAAGAUGAAGUGCAGCCCAAUGGGAAAGUUUUCAAAAAACUUGUCUUAGGUCGCUAUGAGUGGGAAACUUACAAUGAAGUGGCAAAGAGGAUCUCAAACUUUGGCAGUGGUUUGGCUGCUCUGGGCCAUGAGCCACGGUCCAAGAUUGGCAUCUUCGCAGAGACAAGAGCUGAGUGGAUGAUAUCUGCACAGACUUGCUUCAAGUGCAAUUUUCCAGUUGUGACAUUCUAUGCCACCUUGGGCACAGACGCCAUCAUACAUGGCAUCAAUGAGACCCAAGUCACCAAGGUCAUCACCAGCUUUGACCUUCUAUCCAAGUUUCAGGAAGUUUUGCCCAAGACACCCAGCGUGACUCAUAUUAUUGUCAUGGGCUGCACCAAAGCACAGAUAAGCAAGGUGGACCUUAAGGCCUCUGAGAAAAUCACAGUGAUACCAAUGACUGCUGUAGAGUCCCUGGGAGCUGAAAAGAAGAAAGUCUUUGAAAAACCUAAACCGGAUGACAUUGCAGUCAUCAUGUACACCAGUGGAUCUACAGGAUUACCAAAAGGUGUGAUGAUCACUCACAGAAACUUAUUGUGUGGUACCUCAGGUCAGGUGGAGAGAAUACCAAAUCUUGGUGAGAAGGAUAUCUAUGUUGGUUAUCUUCCCUUGGCUCAUGUCCUUGAACUUUCAGCAGAGAUCUCGUGUAUAGCAAGAGGAGCACGGAUUGGUUACUCCUCUCCGACUACGCUGACAGAUAAAUCUUCCAAAAUCAAACGAGGCAGUACUGGAGAUGUGACUAUACUCAGACCAACAUUGGUAGCAGCUGUGCCCGUUAUCCUGGACAGAAUCUACAAAAAUGUUUGGGAGAAAGUCAACUCCUCCUCAGUGAUCAAAAGAGUGCUCUUCAGAUUUGCUUAUGAAUACAAGUUAAAACAUUUGCCCAAAGGUUUCCACACACCACUUUGUGAUAAGAUUGUCUUCAAAAGUGUAAAGGGAUUGUUGGGUGGCAAUGUCAGACUGAUGCUGUCUGGUGGCGCCCCACUGUCUGGGACUACACAAAGGUUCAUGAAUAUCUGCUUUUGCUGUCCUGUGGGUCAAGGCUAUGGCCUUACAGAAACUUGUGGGGCUGGCACAGUUGUAGAAUUUGAUGACUUGACCACAGAGAGGGUCGGCUCUCCACUUGUAUGCAAUGAGAUCAUGCUCAGAGACUGGACAGAAGGUAAUUACACCACAGAAAACAAACCUUAUCCUCAGGGUGAAGUCUUGAUUGGCGGUGGCAAUGUCACGCUUGGUUACUACAACAGUCCUGAGAAAACUGCUGAAGACUUCAUUACCAUUGGGGGCACCAGGUACUUUUGUACGGGUGAUGUGGGCCAGUUUGAGGAAGAUGGUUGUCUUAAAAUUAUAGAUCGCAAGAAAGAUCUUGUGAAACUUCAGCAUGGUGAGUACAUCUCUUUGGCUCAAAUUGAAACUGUGCUUAAAAUGUGCCCCCUGGUGGAGCAGAUUUGUGUGGUAGCCCACAGUGACCAAGAAAGUGCUGUGGCCCUGAUCGUGCCCAACGAGGCCCGUCUGGAGGCGCUGGUCAAAAGCCUUGGGCUGAGCAAAAUGGACUUCAAGGAGAUGUGCACCAAUGAAAAAGUUGUGAGUGCUGUAUUGAAAGAGAUGACUUCGCAUGGACUGAAAUCUAAACUCCAGCGAGUUGAAAUCCCAAACAAGAUUUGUCUUUUUACUGAGCCAUGGAUGCCAGACACUGGGCUAGUCACGGAUGCAUUCAAACUGAAAAGAAAAAUCAUCGAAGACAGAUUCCAGGAAGAAAUAGAUGGCAUGUAUGAGGCACCUGCCCAGUAGGACCAGCUGUGACCUUUCUUACUGUAGAGUUAGUUAUCAAAAAUCUACUCUGAGGAGGUUGUAAAGUAGAAGACUAUUACUGGAUAAUGUACACUUGCAGAUAAUGGAUUGAAGAUUGUAUUUACUAAUGAAAAAAAAAAUAGUUUAAUUGUAUUUGUUUCAGGACCUGUUAAAAAACUAAAAAUCCUGUUUGAAAGAUAAUUUCAUAUUAUAUGGAAACAAGGCAAUCUCUUUUAUACAAAACAUCAUUUUAUUGAUCCUAUUAUAUUAUAUUUGAUCAUCUAAAUUGUAAAAAAAACUGGCAUUAUUUAACAGUAUUUAUAUUUUUGCAAUGAGCAUUUAGAUCAAUCUUUCACUUUGCCAAUUUGAAGUUCAGGUAACUAGUUAAUGUUUAAGUCUAGUUCAUGUAGAUUGUGAAUUGAGACUAUAACUGAAGACAAAUAUUAUCUUAUUGCAUGAUUUGGCAACACCACUCCAAGUGCUGACACAUUGAAGCAUUUACCAAGUUUCUUGUGGUAACUAUCUCCUUGAGAUCAAGAUGAGUUUUAAACCAAUCUGCUGUUCAGAUGUUAUUUCCUCACAAAUCUCUUAGCAAAUGCUGUUGUGUAAUGCAUACAUGGUAAAAUAUAUAAUCAUAACAUUGGAUUUGAUAUUGAACUGGCACAAAUGAAAAUAUACAAAUAUCUGGACAGUAAUUUUCUAUUCUUAUGGGUCUGGUUGUUUCACUUGCACAAAACCAGGUCUUCUUUGUCUGCAUCUGAUUUUUUUUUCUUGUUGAAAUGCUGAAAUUAAAAAAAAGAAAAAUGGUAUGCAAGCAUGAGAUACAAGCUCUGGACUUUUAUUUAUGACUGAACAUUUAUGGAGCCCAAUCUCUGGUGGUCUAGGGGCCAGAUAUUUUUUAUCACGCUUGUCAAGAGUUGAAUCAAUGCAAAACAUUUAAAGUCCAAUAUAAUAUUGGAUUCUCUGUGGCUUUAUAAAUCAUUAUCCUCCGUGGACAGACAAUUUGAGAUGUGGGCCCUCAGGCUGGACAUCACUGAUUAGAUAGACAUCUUGAUGCUUUGAAGUGUUGCUAACCUCAGCCCCAUGUUGUGUGUUUUGUAGAGAGCCACUAUUUCAUUUUUUCUUGUACUUUAUUUUGGUGUGUGCCAUGUUGGUAUUGGUCUAACUCACACAACCUAUUUGUUGGUAUUGGUCUAACUCACAACCUAUUCAUCUAGAGUGCUUUCAUCUUUUUGUUUUUUUACUCUCCAUGUUUCUUCAUUUAAAAACAAACUUUGUCUUUACCCUUGUUUCUAAGUUGUUUUAGUUGUUGAUUUAAAAAAAAUUGCUUUUGGAUAUUUCUUAAACACUGUGGUAGCACUAUGGUCUCAAUAGUAUAAUGAGAUAGUGCUAUAAUAUCAAUAGCUGUAUACAAGAAUAUAUUGAUAGAAAGACUUGUACAUAUUUUUUACAGCUCAGAUGUUAAGUCACAAUACAGAGUUUCAUAUAUAUAUAUAUAUAUAUAUAUAUAUAUAUAUAUAUAUAUAUAUAUAUAUAUAUAUAUAUAUAUAUAUAUAUAUAUCACAAAGAUAUUAAGGCUCUUUGUUAAAUAUUAAAAAUUAGCAUUCUGUUAGGUUUUCUUUUCAUAUCUCAGUCUCAAAUCUAAAAAAAAAAACACAGUUACAAGUUGCUAACUUCAUUGGUCUAUAGGGCAAUGGGGAUUUUUUUGUAAACCUUUUUAUCAAAUCUAGUUUCUUGGUCUGUCUGUUUUGUAGUAGUUGUGAAUAUUGUCUUAUUAUUAUUGGAAUCAUACAAAAUUUAGUUGAACUACUAUAGCUAAUAAGACUUACACUUGUAAGAUUCAGCCUCAACACAUUUUCCCAAAAGAGUUUCAAAGUUUCCAUUCAUCUCAUUACAAUAAAAAAAUAACUUUUUUUUUUUUUUUUUUUGCCAGUUAGUCGUUGACAUUUAGUUACUUUUGCAUACAAAUGUUUUUCCUCUCCGAAGAGGUUCAAUAUUUAUAGAUUUAAAAAAAGCACAUUGCCAUUCUGCAUAUACAUCCAUGUAGUUUCUCUAUGUUACUUCUAUUGUUGUGAUUUGUGGAAAAUUUAGUUCAAAGCAUUUUUCUUUUAUUGUGCAUGCAAACUUAGCUAGUGUGAUGUUCAGAUAGACAGGUUUCUCAAUCUUUAAGCUACUAGGUAAAUCACCUUUUUUUUUUUAAAUGUUUUUUUAUUUUUUUCUUCCAUAUUUUAUAAUUAAUAAAUAUAAUUAAAACAUAUUAUUAUUUUAUCAGGAUUUAUGGAGUGAAAGACACUAUUCUCUCUUUUUAAAUUUUGUCCUUAUAAUGAUUGUAUAGUCGUGUAUCCUCGUCUUGACAACAAAUUAUAAAGACCACUAAACAAACAAAAAAAAAUAUGAAUAGAUAUAUUUAAAUGUCUUGGAUCUAAAGUUUUUCAUAGCUGUUCCUCAGUCUUGUCUAUUUGCAUUGUUUUUUUGAGGCUCUAUCUAGGCAUGUUUUAUUUAUUUGUUUUCUGAGGCUCUAUCUAGGUAUACUUCCAUUAUCUAUUUUCUGAGGCUCAAAGUAUGCGUCAUUUAUCUAUCUCUUGGUUGUAACUGUGCAGGGGGAUUUUGUGAAUGUUACCAUCACAUCUUUUUUUUGUAAUUUGAAUAAAAUUUCUGAUGUGAUCAUACAAACAUAUUUUUUUUUUAAAGCACCCUUUUUUUUUUAAAUUGAUGAAUGGAACCCAGUUCAGUGUUUACCAGAGUGACAUUUUCUUUUGUAGUGAAUAUGAAGGUUAAAUUUCUCCCAGGCUUGGGUCACACUUGUGAAAAGAAAAGCUGGGAGUAUCAGGAAAUGUUAAUUUAAAUUAUUAUUUUCUGCUUUGUGAUCUUGGUCCAUUAGGGAGGUGAAGUUCGCCAGUUUAUGUGUCCAGCACAAACCAGUUGCCAUUUGGGAGGCGAAGUUCGCCAGUUUAUGUCUCCAGCACAAACCAGUUGCCAUUUGGGAGGCAAAGUUGACCAGUUUAUGUGUCCAGCACAAACCAGUUGCCAUUACUUUCCCUUGGCCAUUACUUUCCCUUGGAGGCAAUUACUUUCCUUUGGAGGCUUCAUGUUGUCUCCAAGCAGAGUACAUAUUUUGUUGUCUUCACUAGCUCAUAGAAAACUUGAUACAUCCAGAUUGAAGCUGAUUGAACUAUAAAAUGAAUUGUAUUUUUUUUAUUAUUUGUAUCGCAACAUUCAAAUCAGGAUAGAGACAUUGUGACAUCAUCACUGCCAUUGUUGUGACCUACAUGUGUACAUAGUUACAGUCAUUCUUGAACUACUGUCUUUCUAGCUCCACAUACAUGUCUACAUACCUUUAGGGGGGGGGGGGGGGGGUUAUCACAUAGACUUUGGUAAACACUGUCCUAUUCACGUUGAUAUUUGCUCAUCUUGUAAAAUGUGUUGUUUUUUUGGUUUGAUGUAUAUGAAUAGAUAGAUUUUUUAAUGUUUAUUUUUUUUUUAUGAAUAAUUCUUUUCAAAGACUUCUUAGUGUGAAAGUGUAGUUUGUAUAGUAGUCAUUAUAGACGCUAGUUAUAAAUAACUUUAGUUAGCAGACAGUGAGAAUGGCAUAGCUUUAGGGGGCAGAAAAGUGAUUUGUCUUAGUGAGUAGAAGCUUUACUGAGAUUUGUUUGGGUUUUUCUGCACUCAAAAGUCUGUUCUGUUUUCUUGUACUUUUACUACUUUAGUUUUGUGAAAUAAUAAAACAAUGUACCAGA